UAUUCAAAGGUAAGUACUGAUCAAAGAGCUAGGAUAGACUACGAGGCGUGUCUUUCAUGAUUCUCCCCACUUCUGUACUCUGAAGUUACUAGAGUGAAGCCCCUACCUUGAGGGCAAAGUGACAUGAAUCCUGAAAAAAUUAUACCAAGUUUCAAUGUAUUCGCCUCUUACGUUUUCGUAGCUCUGAGCCAUUUGAAAAUUUUUAAAAAUACACAUUCUUCAUGGACAACUAGAAUAAUCGACACCUGUAUCACUACGUCUCUACUUACUGCGACUUUUUUACUCAUUGUUUCAGAAGCAAUUGACGUGCAAAAUAGUUAUGACCUGCCAAGCUUUGCAGCACGAUUCAAUCCACUCCUUUUUCAUUUACUCGGGUUCGUUAAGUGGACGUAUUGCCUGACGCAUCAUGCUGAAAUUGAACAACUUAUCAUUAGUGUCGAAUUGUGUCACGCAAUGGGUCAAAAGAUCGAUAGGACUGAUAAAGAUAAAGAUCGCUAUAGAAUGAAAAUGGAAAAGUUUCAGAAAAGCUCGACAAUGUUCGUAAAUCUCUGGUUGUUAGUGUGUGUAUUCGGCGUAGUGCAAUGGUGUAUGAAUCCAAUUAUUUAUGAUCUAUACAAUGAUUUGUAUGGUGAGAGAAGUAUGAAUUCUACAUUCGACAGACAUUUGCCUUACCCAGGAUGUUUUCCUUGGAAAAUGAAAAGUCUCUCCAUUUAUAUAAUCUAUUUUACAUUUCAAUUCGUUGGUGGUAUUGGGGCGGGCAUAGGUAUUGGGGCAUACAACAUAUUGAGUAUCACAUUUAUAAUAUACUCUUGCAUUCAUUUGGAGUACCUCAGUGAAACAUUGUCCAUAUCAGAAGACAGAAUUAGUUCGAGAGAGAUAGCACGGAAGGAGAAUGCAUUUGACAAUAAAUUAAAACACUGUGUGCAACACCAUAAUCAAAUAUUGGAAGUAUUUGCGAGGACAACAACUAUCACAAGUUUUCCUAUGUUGGUGCAGUGUCUAGACACAAUUAUCAAUCUCUGUUUAGUCUCUCUAGAGGCAUCCACUACUGAAAUAAAUUCCAGCGUGGAAUGCAUAAUGAAGCUGUUGAGUACAGCUGAAUAUUGGAGUGGUAUCAAUUUUGAACUAUUUUUCUACUGUUAUUUUGCAACAAGAAUUCGCGAAAUGGGAAUACAGAUAAGUGAUGCGUUUUACCACUGUAAUUGGGAACAAUAUAUUGGGACUCACGAAUCUAGUGCCCUCAGAACAAAUAAGAUGGUAACAAUAGGUAUUAUGAACGCUCAGAAACCUCUGGAGAUCAUAGCUGGACCUUUCUGUGUUCUGUCGCUAGAAACAUUUCGAGCUCUGACGAGUAUGUCUCUCUCUAAUGCUCUCAUACUUCGACAACUCUCCAACCAGGACUAGCCCUGAAAGUAACAAAUAAAUGAUCCCAUCCUAGUGAACUGUUACGAUAAUCCCAAGGGAAUGCUUGAACUCGUGUUCAUUAACCCUUGAAUCUAGUAAUCAGAAUUUAAGUUUUACUGGCAAUUACCAAUUGAUUAUUAUGUGUUCCUGGUACAUCGUCGACGAUCCGCAGAUGACUCGCGCAUUCGGCGCGCGCUUGCCAUGACAAAACGACUGCGCUUUCACAUCUUUGAAAAAUAUAAAAGUCUAAGUGCAAAUACCGUUAAAUUUCACUCGCAUGUCUUCACCUCUGCAAAAAUAAAAUGAUAUUACAGUCGUAGUUGCCUUAUUUACUGAACUGAAAAAGAUAAUAGGACAUUUCAUUCCAUGCCGAGAGCUUCCACAAACUGGAGUGAAAUAAAGACCAAUGAUAAAGGGGUUACAUAGAGUGGUGGGGGCGGUCGUUGAACGUGGUGGAAGGGGACGCCGCCGAGAGAUCGCAGCAGUUUAGCUACAACCGUAUAAGGAGGGCGCGCAAGUAACAGGAGAACAGGCCACCAAGAGCUGUGCCAUCUCCUUCCACUGACAUCAUAAUCUCCUGAUCCAACGACGACGUGUGCCGAUGAGGCAUUUCUGUCGACCGAAUUCAUUCGCACAACUGUGUUAUCAUCUUCUGCAGCAUUAUAUUAGCCUAAUAAGAACAAGUCCGCUUUUGAAUGCACGUGGUUGAUGAACGUCAAUCAAACCACGAUGCUAUUUGUGUCGUGUUGGAGAUCUCCAGGAUUCUCGGGUAUAAACAAAGUGAGGAGCAAUAAACUUGUACAAAGCUUCAAUUAUUGUGAUAUGGGGUGAACCAAAUGGUAGAUCAACGCUCGAUAGAACCGAUCAAUAAAUACACCAGCAUCAGCUGAUUCUAUUGACAAUCGCCAGCAGUUUCUGGACAUGUAUGAUCCCCUGGUCACAAAUUCGUGGUAUGCGGAGUCCUUGUGGCGGCUUUACUCACCCAAUAUGAAUCUCACCCUGUUUAGACGACGGCCAUAGCAACCGAAGCAUUCGAAGGACCACGUGGGAUUGUCAAGAAUAAACUCGCUGCAUGUGUUAACAUCAUUCCUCAAGUGACUUCGGUGUACGAAUGGAAGGGUGAGAUAAACGAAGACUCGGAGUUGAUCUUGAUGAUCAAAACGAGAACCGAGGUCGUUGGAAAUUUGACGAAAUAUGUCAA